AUGAUAUUUAUAAUUUGCAUAAUCGUGCAGUCAUUUUGUUCACGGAUAUCAAUAGAGAUCACUACUGUCUUUUCCCAUGCCACAACUGUGGUAGUCUGUGUUGGAUGUAAUACUGUUCUUUGCACACCAACCGGAGGAAAAGCCCGAUUGACGGAAGGAUGCUCCUUCCGUAAGAAGCAACAUUAA